AUGGCAGCCGUCGACCCCGCGCAUGGCUGGGACGUGCCUGUGGACCGCUUCGAAGGCGUUUGCGACCCUGCCAGCGAAUGGGACAUCCCGAUCUGCAGCGUGUCUCUCCCCGAGGUUCGUGUAAGAGACGACUCUGCGGGUAUGCACGACUGCGAGAUGGGCACGCCGGAGCUCUCGAGCGGAUUUUCGGACGCAGAUGACUCAAUCGAGGUCGACGAGUACGAGGACGAGAUCGUUACCCUGGUGAGCUCGGACGGCGGUGAGGUGACCUGCUCUCGGCAAACAAUCCGAGAGCAUUCCAUCCGGCUGCACGAGCUGAUCACGGCACACGACAACUCGGCGUCUCGCAUCGUCCUCAACAUUCGGUACACCGAGGUCAGGGUUCUCGUCGACACGAUGGAUGGUUCUCGCCCCAUCGACACCACCUACUGGGCCUCAUACUACGGCAUCGACGAUCUCGUUCGCUUUACUGAGCUUUUUGUACUCUACGACUUUCGGCAAUCCGAAGAUCUCUUGGAUGGCAUCGAAGUGGCUAUCAUGGACCGACUCGAGCCCUCUUUCGAAGUAUUUGGUGACAGCUCCCGCUUCGACCUUGCCGACUCACGAUCCAUCACCACACUCCGCUACUUCGCCGAAGGACACGGCAUGGACCGGCUCAUCAACCGAAUUGACCGUGAAGCCAUUCUGAACGACGCAAGACUCUCGAACGACAUCGUCGGCGAACGACCUCGCAAAUGGCGCAAGAUCUCGUCCAAGUAA